CUCGACGUCGCUGAAAACGGACGCGUGUUGUCCCAAAAAUCGGACUGAAAAUUCUGAACGGAAUACGAAACCUUCUCCAAGUUAUGUGAAACAUUACCGGAUUAUACAAAACACAAAAAAAGUUGAAAUACCAACCAAAAUAUUUACCACACAAUCGAUUCACGCGCCGUGCAAAGCAAAUAAAUGUUUUGAAAUAUAAUAUCUGUGCUCCAAAGUGAUACACCAAAAAGUUUUCAAAAAGCAAAUCGAAAUUUUCUAGGCUUUACAUUGGAAUAAUUGGCUCGAAUCUGAUUUGAUUAGCUACCAAAAAAGACAACCAGAAACAGUUUAAGCAAACCACUUGACAAAUAUCCGUUGGAGUAUAAAAGCAGAAAAGCGGCUACAAGGCCGCCAAUGAAGGCUGUCCAGAUGACAGCGAUCGGGCAGCGAAUUUGACACGCACCCAAAAACUUCAAAGCGACUCGAAACCGAACCGGGAAACCCAACAUAUAGAUAAUCCCCCGCAGCCCCGAAGAUCGAGGAGGUAUACCCGUACCACACCCCGUCCAGUCGAAAUCACACCGAACCCAAUGUGGAAAAUGCUGGAUAUGAUGGAACUGUCCGAGGCCGAGCUCUUCAUGUUCGACUGCGACGACUGCUCGGGCACGCCCCUUGCCCCACCGCCCCAGUUCCUCAUCCCGCCGCCCCCGAGGCCGCCGGCGUUGGCCGAAUUCACGGUGGUGCCGCAGGAUUGCAACGAGGAGCAGUUGGCCCAGCAACAAUGGGAUAGCGAUGUCUGCCAGGCAAUGCCGAUCUUGGAUGCCAGCCUGUACAGCAGUCAGUCGUUGGCCACAUCGGCCAUGAUAGCCGUGUUCGCGCUAUUCUUGGUCUUGAUUGUACUCUUCUCGUCGCUGUUCAUUUGGAAAAACAAGCGGAAGGUGCAGAAUCUCCUGCCCUGCAAGACACCCACCCGCGGCCCCCUCAAUGGAGCCAUGCCCCUGGGCGGUGGCACCUUGGGAUCGGCGCACCAUCAUCACCAUCACGGGAUGUACGAGGAUCCCGAUGCGCACUUGGGUCACCAUAGACCCCUGGUGAUGCAUCGGCAUCAUCAUCACCAGCAGCUGGCCCACCAUCAUCACUAUCAGCAGCAUCACUCCGAGCUGCUCCAAGGCAAAAGCAUACACUAUCCCAGCGGCUAUCCCAUGACGCGUUCGCCUCCAUUCCUGGUCAGCUCCUCACCUGGACCCGAUCCCUAUCGCUCCAAUGACAAUGUGUACGAGGAACUGGGACCGGGACGCGUUGAUUCCGAUGGUGAAUCGGAGCCGCCACUUCAUUCCGAUGAUGAUUUCGCCGAGGACGAACUGUCGCUGCCAGGCGAAUGCAGUUUCCAGAAGGAUACCAAUCUGCCAGCCGCCGCCGGUGCCACGCCCUAUCACGAGAGGGCGGCUAGUACCAGCACGGGAGCAACAGGUGGAGCUGGCGUGGCAGUCACAACCUCCUCCAACCUGCCACAGGCCACCCAAGAGCGCCACAGUGUCCUGAGCAGUGGUUCCUCGACGGGUCAGGAUGCCUCCACGGCCACAGCUUCCUCGGCCAGCAACAAUAAUCAUGAGUUGGCAGCGGGAUCGAGCAGUCGGCGUACAGCUCGCACGCGACAAAGUCGUACCACCCAGAAUCAGAAUCAGGAACAGGAUCUCAACAACAGCAGUUCCACGGCGGAUAUAGCCGACUUGGCACCGCUCUACGACAACCGCAGCAAUCUCAUGUCCCUGGGCUACAUGGCCCGCUCGACGGCACCGCAAUUCUACAACACCCUGGAGCACGAGGUGGAGCGUAGGAAUCGGAUUAAUGCCCAGCUGAGUAAAGUUCCAGUGCCUCCGCUUUCCACGAUCUACAGGGAACGCAUUCGCUAUCCCAAUGCCAGCCAGCAGUAUCCAUCGAGUGCGGCCAGUGGUUUGAUGGCAGCCACCAUGAGGGCGAGAACUCAGCCCAGGGUACUAGAUCGUCGAUUGGCACCCCAUCAGCAUCAGCACCAUCGCAUCCACGCGGCUCCAAUGGCCCAGGAACCGUCCUACUGCUAUGCGGAGCCCAUGUAUAAUGCCAACUAUUACUACGAAAGUGCUGGUGCCGCCAGACCUUAUGCCUCCACAUUGCUGCCCACUGCCGGUGACUACAGGCAUCCCUAUGGGGACUCGAGUUUUGGUUCCGAUUCGGGAUACAGCCACCAUACGCCUGCCAGCUCAAUUGGGCGACAGGAUUACGACCUCGCCGAGCCACAAGUGCAAGCCCAACCGAAACCAAGCAAACUGAGUUCGGCCCUGAACUUCAGUUGGAACCGGAACUCUCGGGUCAAGGGUACACCUGGUGGGGCUAUGCCGAAAACCUCGGGAAAUAGCAGCAAUAGCAGUGCCACCAGUCCCAACAACAACAGCAGCGCCUGCUCCACCGUCACAUCUCAAUUGGAAAACAACAAUGCGGCCAGUCUCUCGCCAGCGUAGAUAAACUAAUGGAAGUAUUCCUAAAAAAUAUAUCCUUGUAAAUAGGGGCCUAAAACCCAAAAAAAUAAACCCUUGUACAGUUAGUCAUAUCUUCUAAGCUAAGUAUACUAAAUAUCAAAACUGUCCUGCGUGUACAUCGUCAAAGCAAUAGUUAUUUAACAGAUAUACUAUAAUCGAUGCAGAGAGCCCAAAGUUUCUUGAUAGCACUAUCAAAGAGGGUUGCCAUACCACCAAGUUUAAGCUCUGUUUCAAAAGCAAGAACUUGUCGCAAAGCAAAGAACUUAUAGGUCAUAAGUGUUUUUCCAAUGUGAUUGCCAAAUUCUACAUUAUAAUACUAAACUAAACUAAAAACUGCGAAACUAAUUUAUAAUAUAGUUAUAUUUAAAGAAUGUCUAUAAUGUACCCCUAAGUUUAAAUUUAGUUUUGUUUGUUAUUUUAGUUUUUAAGUGAAGAAUAAGCAGAGGAGAGCUGCUAAAGAAAAAUGCGUUGAACUGAAGGUCAACAAAAAUAUACCAAAAUAUUAAAAAAAAACAAAUUAAUAUCAAUGAAGUGGAUUUUUUAUUUUUUAAUUUUUCGUUGAUCUUUAUAAAAUUGUUUGCGACAUUUUCUGCCUUUUCUUGUCCUAUUUUCCAUUAUCUUUUCGUCCUUCUCUGUUCUGACAGCUUAAAAACUCCAUAUUUUUUAAUUCCCACUAUGGUAACACCAACCUCAUCUUUCUUUUUGACCUCCAAUCUGUAUAGCAACACCUUUCACCUCUAUCUUCUCUUCUAAUGUUAAAUUUUAACGAACAGGAUCGCCUUCCGUUAUCAAUUUUGCCCUUUUAUUAAUAUAUAGCGCACUUUUAGGCGCCGAAAUAAAUUCGACCAGCUUAUGUUAUUUUUCUCUGCAUACUUUUUGGAGGAACUAUAAAUGUUACUUAACAGUGGUGAACGCCUUUGUUAUUUCACAGCCCAAAAAUUAUUUCUUCGAUUUUCUCACAGAGUUAAUAAAUUUACUAUUUCUUCGUUAAUUGCAGUGCUGAUUUUGUUAAGCAUAAAUUGCAUUUGUGUAAUGCAUUUAACCGCAGCCUUUGAAGAAACGACUACCAAAGGCUCUAAAAAGACUGUUUACAUAUAAAAGAACAACAUAUUUUACUUACUACCGAAACAAUAAUAAGCUGUAUAAACUUAAUUCUAGUUGGUAAAGCUUUGUAAACUAUAUCUUGAUGAUGAAUCCAAGCAAGAAGCGAAAACGAAAAUCAGAUAAAACACCCAUUAGGUAUAUCGAGUGAACCAUUUUAGCGGGUGCCCUUGUCAAUGAAUCCCCGCAAUAUAGAAGACACUGCCUAGGUUGUAUGAGAACUGUAAAUAGCAGAAGGGGAUCAUUGCCUCCCCCUGCCAUGUAACCGGUAAAACUAUCCACUUAUAGUCCCCGCCCAUCCCCAUUUUUCCCCAGCGAUGUGUGAGAGGAAGUGAAAUGUUAAAUUUUCUUAUAUGAGCACAAUGCAAUGUAUCCUAUAAACCGUAGUCUAUACAUACAUACAUAUUCGUACGUAGAGUACAUAUAGCUUAGAAUUGGACAUGAACCCAUGAUGAUAUGCUUAUAUUGAUAAGAGCCGAUCCUUAGACCUCCCCUCCCACGAGUAGCAACUUAAAAGGAUAAAAACUUAGCCUAGAUUAACUUCUUCAGCCAUCAGCCAUAUGAUAUGCAAUAAUUGCUUUAGAUCAAGUUCAAGUCGUUGUGAUUUUUGGAAAACCGCCUAUAAAAUUCAAGGUCUCUAUAUAGGACGUAUAUACAUAGAUAUGGUAUGAAACAGACCCAGAUAAAUACAAUGCAGUAGCACAAUCAUCGAGCGAGUGACAACAAAAAAACGAACAGCAGCUUACAAGGACUAAUACUAAUCCUAAAAAUUAACUAGAUAUAUGGUUCUCAUCUUAUAAUUUCUAAAACAAACUGACAAACUAAAAAGUAGUACUUUAAUCCAAUUCAAUAUUUCAUGAAUUAUAUUUUCGAAUGGUUCUAUCGUUAACAGACUCAAUUUCUUAACUAUUCUUAUUUGAAUCUUACAUAUCAACGAUCGUAUUUAUGUAAUAUAGCACACCUGGUUUCUAAUACUAUCAAUAUCAGUACAAACACUAUAUUAAAGACAAAAAAAAACUUUUAUCCUAAACUUAAACCUUCCAAGCAAACCAAACUCGAUAAGAACUUUUUCUCCAUCGCAAGUUGUACAUACGGACGUCAAUAAGAAAAUUUCGCUGUAGUUCUUCCAAAAAAUUAAACAAUAAAUGUUAAAGAAAUUCUAUAAACUCUUUUGUUAGGCAUCAAAUUGAAUUGAACUAAUUUGUAUUGUAUGUAAAUAAUUGUUUUCUUGUUAAUUUACUAAACAAUUUUGGAUAGCAUAUCAAGCCUAUGACUCUAUUUAAAGAUCUUUCGUAUACCAACUAAAUCAUUUUCUACAAGUGCUUAGAUUUUAUAUGGACUAUGAAGAGUAUCUUUUCAUUUAAAUGCAAAGAGAAAAAACAAAAAAGGAGCGAUUUAAUCGAAUUUAUAAUGUUUAAUAGCAGUUAAUCGAAGUAAACAGAAGUCCCAGUGGGAAAAGACCCAAACAUCAAUAUAAAUAUCAAUUAAAUUAACACAAUGAUUAGCAAUUAAUUAUGCCCCAACAACUAGUUAGUUUAUACAUUUUUUGUAAAACCAAUUAAGCAAUUAGUUUCACCUUUGUCUAUAAGCAGAUAUGGAUAAUAAUUAAAAGAACGAAAAAGAAAAUCCAAA